AAAAAUAAAAAAUAAAAGAAAGUAUUUCGUUUAUAAACAAUUUAAUUGUAUUUUUUAGGUUUUUUUAUUUAAAUCAUUUUAUUAAGUUUGUCAAGUUUAUUUUAUUAUAGUAUGUCAAUUUUUAUGUUUAAUAAAUCAUUUAUUAGAUCAUUUAUUUCAUUAAUAUUCUCAUUUAAGAUAUAGUUAAUGAUAAUAUGUGUUUCUAUCGUAAAUUCUUUUGGUCCAUUUACUGACUCUCCGUCUGGGAAGAGUAAAAAAAAACUCUUGCAAAUACUGUUUUAAGAUAUCAUUACCACAUUCUUUCAAAUAAUCUGAAAUAAUCUCAAAGGCACUUAUGAUACUUAUUAAUUAUGAGUAUGUGCAACUAUGGCUAUUUAUUAGAUAAUAUUAAUUUUCAUCUUUUCUUUUUUUUUCUUUUUUGUUUAUUUCUUUUGUUUAAAUGGAUUUGGUUCGGAAUUAUUUUUUUAAAGAGAAGGAGUCUGAUAAAUGUUUUGCACUUUUUAUUUUCCAAUAAAUACGAUGACUUUUAUUUGUCUGAUAUUUAUUUGCUACCGAAAUUCCAUUUAAUUUCAAAAUUUUCAAGAAAACAGACAAUUUAUUUGAGCCCAGAAACCAAAUCUUCAAGCUGCUUUUCACUUAAAAUAUUAAAAUCCAGAAAUAACAAACAAAUCUCUGUAAAUUCAACAAAAAAGAGGGAAGCAAAUAAAAAAAGUGAAAAAAAUCAUCAAAAUUCCAUAUAAAGUUAGAGCACACACUAGAAACAGUACUGCU